AUGGUCAUCCUGCUGCCUGGGGAGUCCCAGACCCUCACGGCGCCCAUCAGCCAAGCGCGUGGAACUGUUCCCCGCGAGGUGUCCAAAUGUACAUAUCGCUAUGUGGACAGAGGUGAAGACAGGACGGCUGACUUUCCUCUUGAUCCCAACGAUGACAUAUCUGGGGUGAUCUCUUCUGCGUCCUCCGGUCCUUUGCGAGACUACCAGGACAAGCUAAAGGUCAUCCAGCUAAGAGAGAAGGGCCUUUCCAAGACGGAGAUCGCUGAAAAGGUCGGCCGCUCGGAACAUUGGGUCAAGAGGUGGUGGCGCGAACAUCCGGCCACACUGGAACGGCCCGUUGGUUCUCGCGAUGUGGUGUUGAAGAAGGCCUCAGUGAACGCCUUUCGCGACCUGGACAUCAGGCGUGGCUUCAUCAAGGAAUCCUCCACCUUCGACUCCCUGGUCAAGAAGGUCUCCUGGAAGCAAGCCAAAGUCGUUGUGAGGGAUUCCAACACAGGAGAGCUCACCCUGAGAUACAACGAGAAGGGGCAGUCUGUCAGUUCAGGUCGACAGGUGGCUGACUACACCGGUGGCCUAGAUUUUUUGGACGAGAUUCUGCAGAAAGUGUUCUCCCAGAUGAACAUCCGGGAUCCACAAGCGCGGAUCUUCAUGAAUUUUUAUGCGGAUGGAAAGGACAAGAUUGCAGCCCACAGACAUGAUUUCUGGACUUGCUUGCUUUCCUUUGGCUCUCCAAGAAUUCUCACUGUAGAUCGCCGCCCCGUACUGUUGCGAGAUGGUGAUUUGAUUGUUUUCGGCACACAAACUCACGGGGUACCAACAAUGCCGGACAUCACAGACGGAAGAGUAUCAUUGGUUAUUUUUUUCUACCCUGAUGCAGACAACCUGGAGCGACAGUGGCAAACAAUCAACGAAGAUGAUGAAGAGGAGAAAAGCAUAACUGAUGUGCGAACCCUUAGCACGGGCAUGGACAAAGGCUUCAAGGCAUCAUUGUUGUGGGGUGACAGUAAAGAAGAAAGCACUGGCAAGCACUGUGGUUGUGGAACACAUUCUUCAGAAGCUGCACUGAAUCAUGCACUCGAUCCAAGCAACACAAAGAGGUCGUUGCUGAGCAGUCCCAAUUCCGGUUUGCAGUUCGAUGGUUUGCCACAAGGAGCGCCAAACACAGAGGGGAUAACUGUCUUCUCUGUAGCAACUGGUGGGCAGCAUGGAUACGGAGAUGAUCAACGACUGGAGGAGAAAGACUUCUUCAAGUUGCUGUCAAGACACGGCAUUACAGCGCUUUGGGAUUUCCGCAUCCGUGAAACUGAUUGGUCAGAGCCCAGCAGCUUCAAGAGGGCCUGCGCGGCGCGCUCCAUCUCCUACCGUACCUAUCCUCUCGGCCGGCGGGAAGCUGGAGGCAUGCAGGGCCAUUUGCAAAGUGAGGAAGGUCAAGAUGUUCUACGACGUUUCGCAGAGGUGUCCACUCAAGCCGCAGCUGCCUUUGCUGUUGCACAAUCAGGAAGCACAGCAGGUAGCUCUAGGGCCGAGGUGGCAGAGCAGCUUUCAUCAGGCAAGUUUGGCCAGAUAAAGGUCAUGCAUAUCCUGCCGGACGGUCAACUACUCGAACACCAGGAGAGAUCUUUGCAGGCAACUCCUCCAAAACCUGCCGAGCCAGUUACCACCGAAUCUCCAGCCAUCACUUCCGCAGUUCCGGCAGAAGUUGUCGAAGUGGAAUCCGGUCAGCGGCGCAACCGCUGGGGCCGCAGAAAAGCGUGA